UUUUACUCGCUCCGCGGACCGCGGCUUCGUUUCGUCAGUCGUCAGUCAGUCAGUGCGUCGCGUGACGUUGCAGCGAGAGGGUCGUGCGGUUGCGAGUGCAACUUCUCAUCGUUCGCGAGAUUCUUAUUUUUGCGCGCGCGAGCGUGAAGUCGCGUGUUUCGUAGAAAAAAUCCGAUAAGAAUGUCGCACUGACAUUUCCAGAUUCGAGAGUUGAAGAGAGAUCUUUCGCUCGCGAUCGGCGCUCGUUUAAGAAACCGCCGACGAAUCCGUCAUUCUCGCGUCGUCAAAUAUCGUAAGUUGUAGCGAGAACUUUUGGUCUCGCAGCAUCAUCAGAGAGAAAGAGAGAGAGAGACAGACAGACAGACAGACAGACAGAGACUUCACGUCGCGGAGGAAACUUCACGCGAGUGCAUGUUCGCGUUUGAAACCGACUCGUGAUGACGACGUUUGUGAUUCGACGAUAAAUCGCUCUCCACACGUGUUUUCAAUUCGCGCGUCCGAGACGAACACCAUCGGUGUUAGAUACGAGAGGAACGAGAAAGAAGAAACGGAGGAGAGAGGGGGAGAGAGAGAGAGAGAGAAAAGGAUAAAGGUAGGCGAACCGGCGAGCGCGCCUUUCGUCCGGGAACGAUUCGCACACGCGCGAAACUAUGCGAUCAAAUUGACGACACGACGAGAAGGAAGGAAGGAAGAAAAAGGGGAGAAAAAAAGAGCGGAGGCGAGUCGCGGGCAAAAGAACGGCCGCGACCGGUUGAAGCCUCGCGCGAGAAUAUGCGCGAGAGGCGAAUCUGAGCUGAGCGCGAGCGAGUCAUGGAAGACGCAACAGCAACAGCGGCAGCAGCGCAGGAUACCUGCUUCGGGGCGGGAAGCGUGGCCGGGGCCGUGAUCGGGACCUUUCUGACGACAAUCCUCUUGCUCGCCGUCGCCGCGCUUCUCUACAGGCAGUGGCGCAGACACAAGGGUAAACACCUGGUGCUGGUGACGGAUCCCGCGAUCGUCGAGGAUGCAUACGCCUUCGACAAUCCUUGCUUCAAGGACGCCACACCUACGACGGUCGGCCGUGUCACGGAGAAACCAUCGUCAACCGUACUCGGGGACACACCCGCCAAGGAUUCCACGCGAUGGACUACGCCUUGGACAUCCUUAGGCCUUGGGUCGGCUAUUCGCAGCGAAAAGCGCCGGACCCUCGACGAUUCCUGCGUCGGACCAAAGACCACCAGGGUCAGCGUGGUCGGUCUGCGUAGUCGUGAUUUCACCGGCCUGGGUUUCAACGUGUGCGGCAACAUGAGGGAGGGCAUCUUCGUCAAGGAUCUGCUGCAUCGCGGCCCCGCAUCCGAAUCCGGCCGGAUACAUCCCGGCGAUCGUAUCUCAAGCGUGAAAAUCAGCUUUCGCAACAUGGUGUACGAGGACGCGCUGACGAUUCUUAGUUACGCCUCGCCGUACGACGUGGAGCUGGAAGUGGAGAGCGGCGGUAAUGGCUCGAAACCGACGACAUUGCUGAAGAAGAGUGUGGGCCCAAGUCCAACAAGGAUCUGUCAUCCUCUCUACAGGAGUCAAUCAAUCCCAGAAUUGACGCAGGCUCAUAAAAGCGUCGCGAAACGGCUCUUCAUAGCCGAUCCGAACGAAUCUGUCAGCUCGAAUCACUCGACGAUGAACUCGACCGUCAAGUCAUCGAAAUCGACGCCGGAUAGCAGACAAAGUCUCGAGAGACGUCACGACGAGACGACGAAGAACAAUCAUCAUCACAAGUUUGGCAUCAAGGUACUGCCGGCGUUAGACGGCGCCGUGCACCGGAUCGAAAAUCAAAACGAACACAACACGAAUCUGGAGAGAAGGCACUCGCGCAAGGUAGACGCGGAGAAGCUGCUGGCUUCUUCGAACAGACAAUCCGUGACGUCGUCGAGCGAGGAACCGCUGAACGUGACCGAUGAUAGAAAGCUCUGCAACGAGAACUUUCAACAACGUGCAGAUCAGCCUGAUGGCGUCGUCUCGGCGAGAAUCACCACCAACGUGUCAGACAAUAAAGCCGGCAGAAGUACCGACGCUACAGGAGGACUCAAUAUACCAUCAGAGGUGCCAACAGAGGUACAUAAUGCGGCAAUGGCGGCUCGCAGAAAUCGGAAGAGUAGUUUGGAACCGCUGAAGAGCAGUUCGUCGCCGGACUCUGACAGCGCUAAAAGUCCGCAGAAGAACAAGCGAAAGGCGCCGGCGCCACCGAGGAACAACAUCAGCGAGAUGCCGUCUCCCGCGAAGAAGGACGCCAUCGAUACUAUCGACAGCAUCGCCGAUUAUUCAGAGUCGUUAUGCGAUUAUGUGAACAAGGCGCGCGAGAACACAGAUGCCCGGAGGCACCGUUUGGAAAACCAGUCGGUAGUGAACAGACGCAAUUCCGAAUCGGAUACCGACAACGAGAUGCAAAACAGCUUCACGACGAUCGAGCUAAAUCCAGCAGACAUCACCAUUCAUCGCACACCUGUACCGGAGGCGAACGAUGACGAGGAUGAGGAUGAUAUAUAUAGAAAGGCAGCCAGUCUGGGCGAUCUGUCCAAGUAUGAAAGCAGGACUGCGGCGACUCUCGAGAGAGCGCAGAGUCUCGAUAUGAGCGCUGAUACCGGCACGAAGAAGCGUAAGGCGCCGCUGCCGCCAGAAGACAUUAAUGAAUCCACAGAGGAUCUUACCAAGCUCGACCAAAUCGACUCUUUUGACCGACGAAAAUUGAAGAAGUCGAAUGAAUGGGGCACUCUGGAAGACGUGAUCUGGAACGAAAGUGCCGUCGAAACAGACGAGAAGACGUGCGGGAAAAUGAGUACGAGAAAGAAAAGCAACGGCACUCUUGAACGUUCCAAGUCCGCGGUGGAAAUCAAGCUAAAGGAAGAAGUCACUGAAACAACGGGGGGAAACGAUGUGUCCGAGAAGGAAGAACCCGAUAACGAUACUAUCAGUAUCGAAUUGUACAACUUGCCAUUGAGCAAGCGGCUGACUCAGGAGUUUAUUCAUGCUGAACGGAUGUUCAAUCCAGACGAGGACAAUUCUCUAGCUAGGAUCGUAAACGAUGGCCAGGUGGUGAAGAGCCCGACUCCGAAAGAGGUGGAGCUGGAUUUUCAAUUGGCCGACGAGAAAUGCUUCUCUGAAAAGAGUCAGGCUGAGGAGGAACUCUCCGGAAAUGAUACGGAGAAUUCCAUGUUGGAAAAAUCGGAAGACUUCAGUCGCACUUUGCGCUACUUUGAGCUACACGCGAAUGUCUCACCGGAGUCAACAACAAAGACAGUCAGUCUGGCGCGGCUAAACGAGCGGAAAGAAGAAAAAGUGCCCCCUAAUAACGCAUCGCUUUACGCCGGUAAACAGGUGGUUGUGGAAGAGCCUAUUUCGAAGAUGACUAUAGACAGAGAUUGUCAUGGCUGCGAGGACAAGCAUGGCCAGCACAGCGCUGAUUGCGAACGCGGGAAGCACGCCGAUAAGCCACAUCGUGUGACCGUGCGAUCGUUUUCGGAUGACAAUAAAAUAAGGGAAAAUGUGGAGAGAGAAAUAGAACGGGCAUGCACGCCAACACAUCUACGAAUUCAUGCGUCCAAAUCGGAGCCUGUCAGGCACAACAAAUCCCAGUAUCCAAAGGAGGAAAUGCACACGGAAGGAAAGAACGGUACCUUCUCCACGUUCCAAGCGCACCGAACGAAGUUUGAGCAACAGGGCGAUAAGUGCUCGCCGACUGAUUCUUCCUUUAUCGAUACGCAUUUUGCCAGACGUGUUAUUAAUGUCUCCGGUCGUGACGGCGAAGAAGAGGAAGAAGAAGAUGCGUACGAUUUCGGUUCAGGUGUAACAGCACACAGCAAAAGUCCGUCCUCACCCAAGGAAGACCGUCACAAUAUCAGCAGUGUCAGCGUAUCAAGUGGCGAGAACAGCGAGGACAGUGGUCUGGUUCGCGAGUCAAUGGACUACAAUAAUCCGCAAGAUUCGGAGAGUCGUCCGCCCUUACCCGAUACACCUAUGCCAUUGAACGCUGCUCACAAGAUGACUUACAUCACGGAAAUCAAGGUGUCACCCAACAGAGAGGGCUUUCGUGAGAUUGACAAUGAGAAUGAGGAUGGAGUAAUCACGACAGGGACUAAUGGUGAAUCGCGAAAAUCACUGACACAGCUGCACGAAAUCAAAGUGACAUCGAACGGCAAACCCACGUCCGGUAAGAAACCGCCGGUACCACCGAGACGAUCAGACAUAACGAGAAGUCCGAAGGAGGAUCGAACAGACAAGCAGGUGGUUUACGUGUCCGAAUACAAGUCCGCGCCGGGCAAGAAAGGUCAGAUCAUGGAUCCAUCACAUCCAUCAGAGAUCAAGCAAUCGGAAGGCAAGAAAUUCGAUCAUUGGAUCUUCAUGUCCGACAAGGAGCAAAAUCGUUGGAACCCGGCUUCCAGUCAACCGCAGCCCGUUACCAACAUCAUGUUAUCGUCUAGGGAUGAUGCGAAUUAGGAUAUCCACGAUCCUCGCUUCUUCCUUAAAAAUGCAAAGUGGAAGUAAGCAGUAUCACCCAUUUUAGGCAGUUUAUUCAAAAAAUAUUAGGAACGACAAAAUUUCUUUGUAUAUGAUGUUUCUUUAUGAAAACGAAUAAUGAUUAUCAAUGAUGAUAAGUUAAUUUUUUGAGUUCCCUGAAAACUAAAGAUUUUAGAUUUAAUGUCCUUUUUAAGGUAAUCGAUUCAAUCAAAAAUUUUUAAUCGAGUUUAAGAAUGUUGCACUUAAUGAUUUUUGAGAUAAAUAAUAUUUUUACUCUUUUAAUGUAUAUUUUUUCAGCAAUUAAAACCGUUUUGUUUCUUUGACCCCAAGUUUUCGAUAUGAUCAAAAUGAACAGUGAGAAACAUAUGUAAACUGAAAGGUGAGAAAAUGAUUAGCUUUAUGUCACGUAUGUUGAUGUAUUUCUUGGAGCGAUACGUGCUUCACACACACAACAUAUGAUAACAAGUAUGUACAAAAUAUAGAUCCAGAGAGAACACGAUUUUUAAUGACUUUACCGAAGACUUUUAUUCUACAGAUAAAUAUUUUUGCUGAUUUGUGUGUGUGCAAUUUAUUUCAAUUCUCUAUAAUUUCCUAGGUAAUUUAUUUCAAUACCCCCCUUUUCUUAGAGAGAGAGAGAGAGAACAGCAGCAGCAGCAUGUCUAAAAGGUACAAAUAAAUAAAAAAAUGUUGCAUAUAUUUGAUAAAAUUUCUAUACACAUGUAUAUUAAAUUGAUUACGUCUGUCACGAUUAAAAUGCGAGAAUUCGUAGUUUGAUUCUGAUGUUCUGAAAUUGUUCUAAAAUAUCCUUAUAACAAAAAAUAAAAUAAAUAAAAGCUGAGAAACUAUAUAUGUGCCAUAAAGAGUAAUUAUGAACUGAAGGGAUUAUAUACUGAAGUGCAGAUUUGAAAUGUGAAUGCAUAUAAGAGAUCGCAGAUUUUAACUGUGCGUUCAUUCAAUCAAUCAGGCCAGUACUUUUUAAGGGGACGGAUGUACUUGGGAAAUGACAAAAAUAUCAGAAUGUUUUAUUUUUAUAAAAAGAAGUACACAUAAUUUUUCCUGAACACAUUUUGAGCUAUAUAACAUAAUUUUUAGAAGUCUUAAGAAAAUUUUUGAACAUAUAAGAAAAUCAUUUUUUUUUUUUCAUGUAUACUUUUUUUCUUGAAAACUACUGAAUGUGUGUGGUCCGAUCAUUUUUUUAAAAUCCGUUCAGAAAUAAACUACGAUUUGCUCAUCUGAUUUAAAGAAGUAAUUUUACUAAAGGUCUGAACAAUCAAAGUGCAUUUUUUAUACUAUAAUUACAUUCUGAUACUCGUCUCCUUAAACAUAAACGAUGUGACAAACUUAGUAUAUUUUAUAUAAAAAGUUGUGCAUAUUUUUUUUUUUUUAAUGAAAUUUUAAUUUUCUUAAUUUUUAACUCACUCACAUACAUUAGAAUCUUGUUGAUUGCACAUACAUGUAUAAUGAGAAAAUACGUAAUUCUAAUUUACCUGAAAAUAAUUUUACUGACGUAUUUUAUGUAUAAUUAUAUUUCUUUCUCUGUUAUCUUGUUCAUAUUUUUGUCACACAUUAAACAUUAAAUAGUAGUUAUCAUCUUCCUCCUUUUUUUAGAUUGAAUAACGUGUAUUAUACAAGCAUCACACAAUUGACUUGAAACGGGGUAAUCAUAUUUAAUGUUAAAUGUGCAGCAAAGAUGUAACGCUAUAUUUUUAACUCUCGGAUACUUUGAAGGUGAGAAAGAGAAUAUUAUCUUCUUAUUAUCUGCAAUCUGAAUAUGACUUGUUUUACUUACAAAUUGUUAGAGAUACUUGAUAAGAUCAUCGUUUUAUAUAUACGUCCAUUAUGAAAUGCAAAUACUUUAAUUGAUAAGAUCUGUAAUCAAAUAAUGCGUCGCGUAAUAAUAUAUAUAGUAUGUAAGUGAAAUAAUUUGCAAAUCCGGAAUCAAUGAACUUAAUAAUUUACUAAUCGUCUCCCGAAUGCUAAAUUUUAAUUGUGCACGAAUACUGUCCGCGCGUACAAAAUACACAAAGAACAAACGUAAUUAAUAAAAUUUUACGCAUAAUCACAUUAUUUUCGCUUUUUAAAUACAUUGAUGCUUAAUAUUAUUUUCCAUUUUCCAAAAUUUUAAUUUUAAAUGUGUAAAAAUGGUUGUUUUUUUCCAAGUUUUGUAUAUUUCUUUUAUAAUUUUACACAUUGUUUCUUUUUAUUGUAUUAUUUGCUUUAUACUAGGUAUUUUCCAAAGGGUGACAGAAAAAUCCCAAACCAUUACAGUAAACUAUGAAUUUACUAUAAAACACACAAUUAAUAUCAAAUGUUAUUCUCCUCUAUGUAUUGGAUGGAAGUAUUAUAGCAUUGUUAAAGAGAACGUGGAAGGUGUUAUUGUUAACUGAUGCAAAUCAGUCGAGUAUUUCUCGAGUGUGUCGUUUAUUGUAAUAUAAUUUAUUCCAAGACUAACAUGUUGGUAACGUAUAUAUUAUUGUCUAUAAUUUUUGUUAGUGAAAAAUGUAUAAAGUUUUAACGAAUAAAAGUGUAUAUUUUUAGACAUAAAAA